GUGGCGGGAUUGCAGAGCUGGUGGGAAGGAGGGCCGCAGAGUGCAUGCAUGGGGCUGGCUCUGCUCUGGAGCCACAUGGCUGUUCACCCCCGUGUGUCCCUUGCAGACGUGUGUGGUGACGAGGAGGUCCGGGCCAAGCUGCUGGAGCUGAAGCACAAGCAUGAUGCCAUCAUGAAGUCUCAUGACAAGCACAAGUCGCUGCUGCAGCGACGCACCUCCAGUGCUGGCAGCCGAGGGAAGGUGGUGCGGCGGGUCAGCGUGACAGAGCGCACCAACCUCUAUCGCAAGGAGCACGAGAAAGAGGCCAUCGUCUGGCAGCAGGUGGAGCACCGGGAGAACGAGGCUGAGCUUGAGGACGAGGACAAGCAAACGGACGCUGAGCUCCAGCAGCACCUCCCCGGCGCUGAGGCAGAAGUGGCAGGUCCAGGGGCCUUGGUGGGAGACAAGCAUCAGAAUCCGGGGCUGACCCAGAGAAAUGGAACUGCUGGCUCUUCUGCCCCCGGCCCCCCCAAACACCUCUACUCCAAGCGGCUGGACCGCAGCGUCUCCUACCAGCUGGCCACCCAAGAGGAGCUGUCGGCCGACCUGUGCAAGGAGAAGUCCCACCACACGCUAGCUGACCUCAAACGCCAGCGGGCAGCCGCCAAGCUUCAGCGACACCACCCAGAGGACUACCCUCCCACUGAGGGCGAGGGCCCCCUCUCACCUGGCCUCGCUGAGACCCUGCGCGGCAGCGGUCACCCCCGCUCGGACUUGGAGCAGAACUCCGUGUACUACACGGCAGCCAGUGGCGAUCCGCCUCUUCUGAAGCUGACGGCCCCGGCCGAGGAGACCCCUGCUGAGAAGAAGCGAUGCUGUAAGCUGAUGUGAGGCGCUGGCAAGAGAAGAUGUUCGUGGGGCACGUCCCCUCCCUGGCAUUGAUGGAUGGCGCUAAUGUCCCAUGGGGCUGCCUCUGGAACGCUGCAGCAGGACGGGUUCUGGGGGCUGGUUUAUCUUCCAGGGACUCCUCCAUGUUCCAGACCCAGACACCAAUCAAAGAGGCCAGGCUCCAAGUGCCCCAUUGAGGGCUGCAUGGGCAGCAGGCUGGGAGUCAGAGGGCUGCACAAAUGGAAGCAGAAUGCAAUGACCUUCAUUGUCAGUACAGAGAUGUGUCCUGGAGCAUCUACAGCUCCCAGCAUGCAAUUUGCCAGUCCCUGCUUGGGUCAACCCAUAGAGCGUUGCAUGCUGGGACGUGUAGUCGCAGAGGGCUGCAUUGCCGUUGGACAUGGUGGCAUUGAAUGUUGCGCAAGACAUGCUGGGCCGCGUUGGGUCCGCUGGAGGGUCCCUCCCAGGGCGGCUGUUUGUCUGGGGUCUGUGUGUGGUUUCUAGGAAGGAGUGAAAAGCCUAUGGGAGGCCUCAGAGCACGGCCUACCAUGCAUACAGCACUGGGGGGCAAGGGGACGUCCCCAUGCUUGCCUGACACUAAGGCAAAUGGCGGCAAGGAGGUGAGAACGGUUCUCUUGACACAGAGUUGUAGCCCAGCAGUCCCCUCCUAGGCCUGGGCUGCACACAAGCUGUCCUGGUUUAACUAACGUGCAUUUCAAACAAGAUGGAAAGCCGUGUAGGUCCCCGGGCACGCCCGUUCGUGGUGGUUUACAACUGGCUUAUAUCCCACUCGCUGGCUUGGAUUCACUAAAGGAAGCGCUGGACUGAGCCCGGCCGUGCGCUGGAGCAAGGCCAUGGGCUGUCAUUCCCAUCUUUUCUUCCAGCAGGGUUAACUGAACUCUGAAUUCAGUACAGCCCCACACAGCCUUGCACUGAACCAGCCAAAAGUGCUGACGGACGCUGAGUUCACCGCUUCGGUGCCAGUCUGAGUGUGGGUCCGCCCCAAACCACAUGGAUAGAAGCUCAUUGUAAACCAGAAUGUGUCCACAUUGCACUGUGGGUUCAACUACAUUAAUCUGAACACCUGUGCCCCGUAUGGUGCGCCACGCCAUGGUGCUGUGUGCCCUCCCCCCCCACCAGAGGGCACCACGCCAUGGUGCCGUGUGCGCCCCCAGAGGGCACCACACCACAGUGCCCUGUGCCCUCCCCCCAGAGGCUGUGUGCCCAGCUCCUUGUGAGCUCCUGCCCUCAGCAAUAAAAUCACUUCAGCAAAGCACCUCACCCCAGGACCCAGCACAGCCCAUUGAUGGGUCUAUGCACCUGUUGUGCUGACAGCUCUCCCCAUGAAACAGCCUGCGAGCGGGACGGGGGAGCUGGUUUCUGGCCCCUCAGUCCAUCUGCCGGGGGCGGCUGAUUAAUCUGUAAUGGUCUCUAGCCGCCCCGUGCCUGGGCCCUGGACAGGAUCCCCCUGCUCCCCAUUGCUCACGCGGGGCUCAAACAGGGCGUGCUGAUGGCACCCUUCUCAUCUCCUGUUCUCUGCAGAGAUGCCGGCCCUCCGCAUGUCCCCUCCCUGCUCAGGUGGGACACGGGUUUUUUUUGUCCUCCUGCUGCAUGAGGCUCCAAGGAGCCUUGUGUUGAGCCCCGCACCUCCACCCAAGGGCAGCAUUGGCAGCUUCUCAGGCGGCCGAGGGCUACCCCAGCUUCAUGCCCAUAGAGGGGUGCCCUCAGGGGCCCGGUCCCAGUGUGCCAACUCCCAUGUGAGCUCAGCAAAAGCCCCUUUGGCCUACUGCGGAGGAUGACAUGCUGGAACCUGGAGGCCUGUCCCCCUCUAUUAAUGAUUGGGGGGGGCUGUGGCAGACUUCUGCUGACCAUAGGGCCUCAGGCUCCAUCUUCUCAGCCUGCCGUGGGGUUGCUGAGGCGCCGGGCUCUACGAUUAGAACUUCAGGAGGCAGGUGGAGUGGAAGUGGAAGAGCUUCAGCUAGAAACAUUCUCGCCUUUCAGCCGCAAUAAGGAACACGCUGCUCCCUGGGAUCCAGCCGGCUGGAGGGGGCGUCCCUCUGGUGGGUGGCUCUCGUGGUUUGCAAUAGCUCAUCCCCUAGAUGGGAUUGUCACCCUCUCGCUUAUUUCUCUCUGCCCCGUUGCAUCUAGCCGUGGCUGUUCAAACCCACGCACUAGGCCUCUCGUCCCUCUGUUCUUCACCCCCCCUCAGGGCCUGAGAAGCAUCAGCCAGCCCCAUCUCACCAGCCGAAGAUCAGCCCUUGCACGGGUGCCGGAGCAGCAGAGCCCGGCUGGAUGCAAUGCUGCUCACUGGCUGGGGGAAAGCAGGUGACCUUCAACCCCACCUGUGAAUGCUCUGGGGAACCCCCUUAAGCUCUGACCCUCCAGCUUCAAGAGUGCAGCUCUAGGCUGAACUUGUAUUAACCACGGGGCCAGUGAAUCUUUCCUUCCACGGUGGUUCUGCUCUGAGAGCCUCCUGCCUGCCCUGGGAGAUACAACUGCAGGGAGCUCUGUGCUCGCCAGCGAGGGCAGCUGGCGUAAAAUCCCCUGCUGGGACUGGACUCUUCGUGGUGCGUUUGUACAGCGGCACUGCACACGUUUUGUACGGAGCACUCUCCUUUGGAUCACAGUCUAGUUCCACGGAGUUCUGUAGCGUUGGUUCCAGCCCCAUCGAGCCUCAGGCUGCCGGCCCAUGGGUUCGGAGACACUGAUUUUAUACUUUGACACAAUCUUUCUCGCUCUCACCAGGUUUUGAUUUGUAGUUCCUGUUGUCUCUAUUUCCUUUCCACAAUA